AUGGACUUGGCGCUGCCAGUCGUAUGCGAUCGUCGAUGCUUCCUGGGAGGAUCGGCUGUUGCGGAGUCAGCUCGAAGCGAGCAAGCUGAUCUGCGACUGUCUCGUCUCGAAAAUCUCUGUCAAAUCCGCCUACGGUUCGUCACACUGCUCAAGUGGUGCCCAUCUGGGUUCCGUUCCAAUCUCCCCCAAUUUCUCGUCUUUUUCGAAAAUGGGCUCCAAACCUGCAGCGGAAUCGGACCGCACGGCGUCAUCAUCCGCCUCACCGCUCGAGCGUCGGAAAUGCGCGGACUCGCCUCCAUCUGCACGUCGCAACCUCCCACGGCAUCCUUCGCACUUGCGUCGAUGCAACACGCGUUGACAUUCCAAUAA